UUCCACCAUCUCCUCUUACACGAAAUUAAGACUGUUUCUACUUGGCAACCCCGAUAGUGCAAUACGCUCCGACCAUCACCUGAUUUUUGGGCACAGCUAAGGGACCACAAACCCUCAAACAGCACCGACGCUUGAAACCUAAGUACCGUCCGGUGAAGUUUUCUUUCUGCCGGUGAAUUUGUGCUUCAUUUUCGUGCGAUUUUCUCUCAAUCAGCCGACCCAAGGUGUUCUGAGACAAUCAUCUCCACAGCCUUGACAUUUGGUAUCUGCAACAACACCCCAUGGAUCCACACUCUACCCAGAUGGCCAACGGACCACAGUCGGCUUCGUCCAACGCACCAGCCGUCGCGAACGAGACAGUAUCCAAAAAAAUGCGAGGUGGAAGCCGGUCGAGUGGAUGCCAUUCAUAGCAACCUAUGAAACCGUAAUCCCCUAAGGACAUCAGCAUGGCAGGUGCUUCAUGAAGCAAGGGUGGGAGCGUGUGGUUGCGUUAUUCAAUUCGACGUCCGGCCACAAUUGGACAAAACUACAACUCCGCAACCAUUGGGAUGCAAUGUGUCACGAGCACAAGCAUCUCCGUGAAUUGUUGAACAGCACUGGGGUCGAAUUCGAUGAGUCAACGGGUCGGCUUGUAGUAUCCGAUGAAUGGUGGACAAGAAAAAUGAGGGAGAAGAAAGAAAACAAGGAUUUUAAGGACAAAGACGUUAGCGAAAUAUACAUUCAGUAUUCUGAUAGCUAUGACGAUGACAAAUACACGACGACCUUGAGCUUGAUGUGCAGAACGGGACUCAUUUCGUUUGAGGACAGUGAGGUGGAUGACCACCUGGAUGCUAUUCCCAUCGAUGCAGAUGACAAUGUAUCUAGCGAUGAAGGUUUAGGAAGAAUUGGUACAACAAGCAUGAGGUGACAUAUCAUUUUCCGUGGGAAGAAACGCAGUCGUCCACUAAAGGGUAGAAAGGGAAGCAAAAGAAAAUUUCUGCUCAUAGCCUGUCAUUUUUCGUGGAUCGUGGUACCACUGCGAUUGAAGAAGUGGCCACUAAGCUCAAUAGCAUCAUAAAUCCGAUAGAGAACGAUGUGGGUCUAUGUAUUGAGAAGUUGCUCACGACGGGACGUUUUCAUCGUCACACCCUGUAACACCCCGAAUUUUUUAUUAUUUAUCAUAUGGGCCUAAACUUAAUAUGGGUCACUUAGUAAAUGAAAUAAUUCAUGUUAGAUUUGUCGUCACACUAAAGUC